AUGGGUAAAGCAAUGGGAGCAGGUUCAGUUAUAGGCUGGGCUGGUGCCGGUGCUCUUAGGACUCCUCAAAAUCCUAUGAUGGGUUUUGGAAUGGGUAUAGAUAUGGAUAUGGACAUGGGCAUGAACAAUGGCCCAGGUGCUGCUAUGGAAAUGGGAAUAGGAAUGAACAAUGGCCCUGGUGCUAGAAUGGGGAUGGAGGGCUACAGAGGCAUUAAUCCAUCAAUGGGCAUGGGCAUGGGCAUGGGAAUGGGUAUGGGGCAAGGAGUCCAAAUGCAACCCCCUAUGGGAAUGCCUCCCGAGUCUAACAUGCCAGGCUCGAGGUUGGUUUACGGUGUUGUUUGUUUUGAUUUGAGGUGUUCUUCAAGUAGUUAUUGGAUUCAUUUCUUGGAAGCACAUGUUAUUACAACUUGA